CUGAGAAAUGGAAGAAGAGUUGAGAAAGUUAAGCAAGGUAUGGAUCUCUGCCAUAGUCUCCAUCUGUUAUUGUUAUUUGAUAUCAUCUAGGAUCUCCAAAGGUGUUCUUCGGCUCCUCACCAUUCUUCCAGUUUGUAUUCUGUUUCUUGUUCUUCCUUUGUCCUUCUCUUCUGUGCAUUUUUGCGUUAUUUCAGCUCUUUUUUUCUCAUGGAUCGCAAAUUUCAAGCUUAUUCUCUUUGCAUUUGAUCAAAGACCUUUGUUUCCACGUCCUGCUAAUCUCUACCGUUUUAUCUGCUAUGCUUGUUUCCCCAUCAAAAUCAGACAAAACCCAUCUCCAAGUACCGAUACAAAUCGUCUUCUUUUUAAGUUAAAAUGGGUUUUGGCUGUCAAAAUUUUGAUCUUUGGUGUCUUGUUACAUACCUAUGAAUACAGCGACAGUUUGCCUCGUUUUGCUGUUUUGGCUAUGUAUUGUCUCCAUAUUUACCUUGAGGUUGAACUUGUUUUGGUCUCUGUCGGGGCCGUGGUAUCCACUCUUCUUGGCUGUGAUAUUGAGCCGGUUUUCAAUGAGCCCUACCUAGCCACCUCUCUACAGGACUUUUGGAGCCGCAGAUGGAACCUCAUGGUUUCAUCUGUCCUACGAACAACCGUCCACAUUCCGGUUCAGCGUUUUGCCACACGCUUUCUCGGCUCAAACACUGCUAUGUUUGUUGGGGUCAUGGCCUCGUUCCUUGUCUCGGGUUUGAUGCACGAGUUGGUCUUCUUCUACGCAAUCCGUCUGCCUCCAACUUGGGAGGUCACUUGUUUCUUUGUGUUGCACGGUGUAGCCACCACCACAGAGAUAGCCGUGAAGAGGACACUGCGGUGGAGGCCACCGCAUAGGGCUGUCUCAGGUCUUGGGGUUCUUGCGUUUGUGAGUGUGACGGGGGUUUGGCUCUUCCUCCCUCAACUGCUGAGAAAUAAUGUUCAUGAAAGAGCUAUUCGUGAGUGUUUGUUGGUUAUUGACCUUGUCAAACGCAGGUUGUUCAUUUCUUCUUCAUGAUUCAUUUUUUAUUUAUUUACAUAAUGACGAAAUAAAAGUAGUACUAUUUCCAAGUGGAGAUUUUUACCAUAUAGAUAAUAAUGGGACUAAGCGCAACAAACUUGAUAAUAUUA